AUGAUUGGAAAUCAAUACAUCGCCUUCAUCUUGCUUCAAUGUGCUGUGAUUAUUUCAAGUCGAUACAACGAUCCGAAUUGUGGAUGGGCCGAUAAAACCUAUCGUGCUGUCGGUGACUGGGCAGUAGACGCUGGAUCUAGUGCAAACUGGAAUGUAGCCGAACCUAAAGGUUUAAUGCAUGAUACAAAUGUUCAGUCGUGUGAAUAUGCAGUUGAUAUUCAUGGUUUGAAACCUAAUAAAGUAUAUUAUUGGAAAGUGACGGUUGGUGAUUCCUGGGAAGUUCAUUGGGGAUGUGUCGGACUUGGAGGACCCGAUUGUCAAUUUUCGACACCGACAGGUUCUGUUCGCUUGAAAAUUGUCGGUUCUUUUGCUUAUCCUCUCACUGCUGAAACCAUUGGUGCAACAACAAAUCCUUCAACCUCAUCUUCCAAUCCACCACCUGGUUAUGCACCUGGCAAGAAAGUAUUUGCUCAUUAUAUGAUGGGAUUUACUUAUCCAUCGGAUCAGAACUUUUUUGAUGGUCAAAUCAAACGUGCGAAAGCGGCGGGUAUUGAUGGUUUUGCUUUAAAUGUCGGUAUCGAUGACUGGCAACCUGAUCGUGUAGGAAAAGCUCUUGCUGCUGCUAGAAACAAUGGUGAUUUUACAAUGUUUAUUUCAUUUGAUAUGUCCUCUUUAACGUUCAGUAAUGAUGUUCUCGGUCGUUUCCAUUUUGCUGCUAGUCUUCCGAAUUAUUACCGAGUGGAUGGUAGGCCUUUCUUUUCCACUUUUGCUGGUGAACAUCAAGAUAGCUUUUGGAUGGGUUGGAAAGCAGCAAGUGGAUUAAGUCCCUAUUUCUGUCCUAGUUGGCCCAAUUAUUCAACUUCUAACUUAUUACAAUCGCAUCCUGUCGCUGAUUGUAUCUUUACCUGGAAUUCUUGGCCUGCUGGCAAUUCUGGACCUGGUGCUCAAUUUGAUACUUCUGGUGAUAGAAAUCUUCUAGCCAGUGCGAGAGCGACUGGCAAGACAUACAUGGCUCCUCUUUCUCCAUGGUUCUAUACUCGUGUUUGGGGAUCGGGAUGGAGUAAAAACUGGAUCUAUGGUUCGGAAACUCUUCUUCCACAACGAUGGCAACAAAUUGUUGCAUUGCAACCAGAUUUUGUUCAAAUCAUCACCUGGAAUGAUUAUUCUGAAUCUUCCUAUAUAUGUUCCAUUAGUAGUGAUUUACCGACAGAUAUGGGUGGUAUCAGUGCUAUGAUUAAUAGUCCACAACCGAUGCAUCACGAUGCUUGGUUAGAACUUUCCAAACAUUAUAUUCAAUGGUAUAAGAAUAAUGCUAGACCCACUGUCACUAAUGAUCAAUUCUAUUGGUGGUAUCGUAUUCAUCCGAAGGAUUAUGUUAAUGGUGAAGUUCCUCAAUAUCGUAAUGAUGCUCAGGACUGUGUAGUUGUUCAUUCGAUUGUCAAAAAUGUUCGACCCAAUGGUGGAGAAUAUACGGUCGUGGUUGAUCUGAAUGGUUCGAAGUCAACUUAUAAGAUCACUCAACUGGAACAGACCGAAUGUAUACGUUUUCCACCGAAUCCGGGAUAUGUGACCGUUUCUUUGAUCGGUCCUGAUAAUAAAGUAUGGUGGGCCGAAGGUAAAAAUGCUCCACAACAGAGUAGUGGCAGUAAUUUCAAUGCUUUCGCAAAUGCCCAUAGCUUUCCCAGUCCAUAA